AUGCUCAUAGUCGUUGCCUGGGCAACCCUGGCCCCCGGUACCAAUCAACCAGGCACAACGUUGGAUUCGGUGCGUGCGACCUGCUGGCACGCGGUGGGGAAUCCAGUUGACCGACCGGCGGGAAAAGGCGUGUUGGCCCAGGGAUUCCAACGCGGGGAGAAGAUCGUACUGGCGAAACCCCGAACGUUCAUGAACAACAGCGGCGAAGCCGUGGAGUACUUGCUAGCCCGGUUCGGCGGGUCGCCCAAGGGUUUGCUCGUAAUCUAUGACGACAUGGAGUUGCCUUUGGGGCAUCUGAGGUUGCGGGUUUCGGGCAGCGGCGGCAAUCAUAACGGCAUGCGGUCUAUAGUCGGGUCGGUCCAGACCCAGGAGAUACCGAGGUUGCGAAUAGGCAUCGGGCCGCAUCCAGCCGGCGCCAGGAAACCAUUCCACUAG